AUGGAGUGCAUCGUCCAUCUGGUUCAGUACAAAGCCAGACUUUUAAAAGGUGUCUCAAGUAGCAAAUGCUCCGAACGCUGCCCAGCUGCUGCUGUGGACGCCUCCGGUGCCAAAGGGCAGAAACAACAGCAGCAGCAAGGAGAGCAACAGCAGGAAGAACGCCUAGAUUUGUUUUUCUCGUUUGCCUGGUACGGAGCAUCGCGCUUGCUGCGCUGCGUGCGAGCCGCGGCUUGGUGUGUGCCUCCAGCUUUGCUGCUGAAGGAUCGCGUCUUCUCGCUGGAAAGGACAGCCGUCUGCCCCUAUACGUUGGCUGAACUCUCCGGGGAGGCCGACCUACAGACACCUCAAAAGCAGAAGGAGCAUCAGCAGCAUCGGGAAGACGGCUUACUGUCAGAAACUCGGCGUGGGUGGUUUGCUGCGGUGAGUGCUCCUGCUGCUACGCGUGCAGCCCACGCAGCGGCUGGUCCUGAGGUAUGUGGACAUGGCUGCUCGCCUUCCGAGGCUGCUAGCAAGCGCAGUUUUGAGGAGGGGAGACAAAGCUCCUGGAUAGUUGUGCUCUUGAGUGCAGGAGAAAUAUAUCGCGGAUCCGCAGUGAGGGCGGCUCACCCGACGUGCGCUGGAGGCAGAAUAUACGUACAGGUGGUUGGAGUGCCUGGAGAUGUGCUGGCUGUACCGUGGAGGGAGCAGCAGCAGGUGCAGCUGGUGAUGCAGCAGCAGUUGCGACAGCCAGGCAUCGAGUCCAAGUUGGUGAGGAGAAAGGAGCUGCUAUUGCUGCUCGAGCGACUGCAUCAAGACAACGAGAUCAACUGGCAACGGAAGCGGGGGCUUGCUCUGCGCCAGCGGCUGCUGCAGCAUGGCCAGCAGCAGCAAGACAAGCGGCAGCAGCCUCCAGAAGCAGACAGCUUGCGGCGUUCAGAAGGAGAGCAUAAGGAACGGCAGGGUGUCAUCAGGCAGCACAUCUUGAGGCUGCAGCAAGAGGCGGAGGCGCAUCCGAAGGAGCAGCAAGAAGGGCAGCACGCGUCUGACUCCUCCGACGCAUAUCUGCUGAUUCGUGUGCCCCCUGGACGCUGUUGGGUCGAGACGCUGGAGAGUUCUCCAGGAUUCUGGGCUCUGCCAUCGGCAGCCACUCUUGUGGAAGCGGGGGCAGCACCAGCAGAGGCUAGUGCAGCAGGAUCUUCUACUGGGUGCGAGUCUGCUGCCUCUGCUUUGUCUGUGCAAAAGAGCGACAGAGGAGUCUCUACGACGCAAACAUGCGUCCUAGGGCACCCUUCAAGGGAGGAGCAGAGCAGCAUCUGCAGAAGAAGCAACAGCGGCAACUCGGGAGAUGACAGCUUUUCUUUCGGGUUAAUCCCGCUGGCGCUGAUAGAGGGGGUUUUUUUGAUGGCCGCUCCAGCCCCUGAGCUCCGUUGCCGUAAAUCCUGCUGCUGCGGCAAAUGCCACAGUAGCACUCCUAGCGACAAGAGUGUUACUACAUUCCGAAGUAUGUUGGGAGGUUGGUUAGAGUCGUUGUCAAGGUGGUUGUCAGAGGCUGCUGCCUUGGCGUCGCUUCCAGCAAAUAUGAAACCGACACGGCUGCCGGAGUUAAAAGACAUUAGCUCUAAAGGGACAAUGCUGAUCAUCCCACGAUCGGAGGGCUAA